AUGGAGAAUGUCAUCGAUCCCAAACUAACAAAACCAAAUGUUUCCACCAUUGCAGAAGUGGAUCAAUUAGGUCCACUUGAAAUAAAAACCAGUAUCGGCCAACAACGAACCCUGGAAAAUCUUGUCAAAGAAUUCAAAAGAGCUAUGAGCGAUGCGAAUUUAAAUGGGCAACGGUUUCUACACGCUGAAGCUCUUUUAGGUUCCAUCCAACAUCAUGAUUUCAUUCCUUGGGAUGAUGACGCCGAUUUCAAGUUGCAUAUCAAGCACAGGCAAGCGGUUCAAACUGCCCUGAAAAAGCUUGCUCCAAGACUUCACACUUACGCAAUGUGGCAGCGUGAUAAACUCUACUUUGCUCCAUUCAACUCCUCAAUACUUCUCACUCCCUAUACAAUUGGGAGCCAUUCUGUUAACAGAUAUAACCUUGGUGAUAUAUUCCCCUUGGCUUAUCGUCCACUUGGUAAAGAGUGGUUGCCGGUACCGAGACGACCAAUUAGUUUCCUGAAAUCCUACUACGGUAACAAGGUACAAGUUUGCAAAUCUCAAGGGUGGUCACACGCCACAGAGAGUGCGUCGAAGUUAGUGGUUGUGGACUGCAGAAAGCUUAUGGACAAAUAUCCCUUUGUGCACCAGUGUCGGAUUCCAGAACAUAAGUCUAGAAGGCGUCAAAGUGGAAUGUGUGAUGAAUAUCUGGUGAAUGGAAGUGGACAAGUCUUUCACAAAAUUCGUCUUCCACUUGACGUCGACGAAUGCGAAUCUUCAUUUUACACAGUCAGACACGAAUCUUUUCGUUGCCAUGAAUAG